AUGUCGUCGUUAUUGGGCACGUGGAUUCAGGAAAAAGCAGCUGAACUUGGAAAAGGUUCAUUCAAAUAUGCCUGGGUAUUGGACAAAUUAAAAGCUGAACGUGAACGUGGUAUUACUAUUGAUAUUGCUCUUUGGAAAUUUGAAACCCCAAAAUACUAUGUUACUGUCAUUGACGCCCCAGGACAUCGUGAUUUCAUCAAAAACAUGAUAACUGGUACAUCUCAGGCUGAUUGUGCUAUUUUGAUCAUUGCUGCCGGUACUGGUGAAUUUGAAGCCGGUAUUUCAAAAGAUGGACAAACCCGUGAACAUGCUCUUUUGGCUUACACUCUUGGUGUUAAACAACUCAUCGUCGCUGUAAACAAAAUGGACACAACCAACUGGUCCGAGGAGAGAUUCAACGAAAUUGUUAAAGAAGUUUCCGGUUUCAUCAAACGUGUAGGUUAUAACCCCAAGACUGUUGCUUUCGUUCCUAUAUCCGGAUGGCACGGUGACAAUAUGUUGGAAGAGUCUCCAAAUAUGGGAUGGUUCAAAGGAUGGCAAAAAGAUAUCAAGGGCGGAAGCGCUAAAGGAAAAACACUUUUGGAAGCUAUUGAUUCCAUCGAACCUCCAUCAAGACCUACCGAUAAACCUCUCCGUCUUCCACUUCAAGACGUCUACAAAAUUGGUGGUAUUGGUACCGUUCCAGUAGGUCGUGUCGAAACUGGUAUCAUCAAAGCCGGUAUGGUCGUAACUUUUGCCCCAGUAGGUUUAACCACUGAAGUUAAGUCAGUUGAAAUGCAUCACGAACAAUUAGUCGAAGGUGUUCCCGGUGACAAUGUUGGUUUCAAUGUCAAGAACGUGUCAGUCAAAGAAAUUCGUAGAGGUUAUGUCUGUUCCGACUCUAAAAACGAUCCCGCAAAAGAAGCCGGUUCAUUCCAAGCUCAAGUCAUUGUUUUAAAUCAUCCUGGACAAAUUGGUGCCGGUUAUGCUCCAGUAUUGGAUUGUCAUACUGCUCAUAUUGCUUGUAAAUUCGCCGAAUUACAAGAAAAAAUUGAUCGUCGUUCCGGAAAAAAACUCGAAGAUAAUCCAAAAUUCGUUAAAUCUGGUGACGCUGCUAUCGUUAAAAUGAUUCCUUCUAAACCAAUGUGUGUCGAAGCUUUUGUUGAUUAUCCACCUCUAGGACGUUUUGCCGUAAGAGAUAUGAGACAGACGGUUGCUGUCGGUGUCAUUAAGUGUUGA